AUGGUUCGAGCUCUGAAUCUCCUUCUCACUGGCUGUCUGCUGCAAGGUGCCCUGUGUAGGAAAUUUGAGAUGUUCAUGCCAGAUACUAUAUAUGUUCCGAGUGGAUCCUGUGUGACCAUCCCCUGCUCCUUUGACAUAGAGGAAAGAUAUGACAAAAACUUAGACAGCACAUAUGUUCCUCCCACACUAACUCUGACUCCGUCCACACUGAAGGGGAAGGAGGGAACCUCAGUGAGUUUGACAUGCUCUGCUCCAGCUCCCUGUCUGUCUCAUCCACCAGCUCUGACAUGGACCCCCAGCCUGGGUCACAGUCGGGAGACACUGCAGGAGAAUGAGAACAAAACUAAAGACAUGACCUCUGUUCUGACCUUCACUGCCUCUCACCUCCAUCAUGGAAAGGAAAUCUCCUGCACUGCUGCAUACAACAAACAAGAUGGCAGCACUGGACCAUCUGUAAGCAGAAAUGUAACAGCUGAUAUUUCAUAUUUGCCCCAAAACAUCACAGUGUCAGUCAGUCCCUCUCGUUCAGUACCAGAGGACAGCAAUGUGACACUGACAUGCAGUAGUAAUGCCAACCCAGCAGUGAGGAACUAUACCUGGUAUAGUGCUGACGGAGGCCAGGAGAUUUUCAUGGGGACUGGAAGUUUUUUAAAGAUUAAAGCUCCUAAAGCUUCUUUUUUCUGCAAGGCUGAAAAUGAUCUUGGAGCUGGACGAUCCAACAACAGUCAAAUAGAUAUUCAAUUUGCUCCAACGAUCCUACCCUCAUCUGAUUGUGCCAAACCUACAGGCCAGAUCCACUGUUCCUGUGAGAGUAUGGGAAACCCCUCUCCCAAGUUACAUUGGUAUUUGGAUGGGUUACCAGUCAAUAACUCUGACAAGUUUACUAUCAGCAUUAAUCUUGUGAAUGGCACAGCUCUGGUGAGAAGCAUCAUUAUUGUGAAUAAACCACAGAAGAAAGAUCUUUCCAACUUGGUCUGCCGUAGCACCAACUCUCUGGGAUCUGCCAGUCAGAAAUUUUGUGUCCACAGUGCUGAGCAUCAUGAAGGUCCAUUGAUGUUGCCAGUCUUCAUCACUACAGUUGUUGCUCUACUAGUACUAGUAUGUGCUCUGCUGUUUGUUAUCAGGGCUCAGAGGAUUCGCCAUAACCUUCCAAACUUUCAGUGCAAAGGUGACACCAGCACAGUUGCUAUGAGCCAACUUCUAACAAGUGAAGAGGGAAAUGAGGUACCCAACACAGCAGAUGAGGAUAUUUAUGCCAACGCCAGUGUACUGGGACAGUCAAAUACAACCAUCUCUGAGACAAACAGCACUAACUUGCCACGCUCAGAGAUAAAAAAUGCAGAGGGAGACGAUGAAAGCUCAGUGGAGAAGGAGAAAGAAGAAGAACGCAGCAGUGUGAUUUACUCCAGUGUGAACUGGAAGAGGGAGAAGAAGAAGGGGAAAGACUCUGGGGACAUGGAUCAGCCUGGGAGGUCCUAUCUGGAGGAGGAGAGGUGCAUGGCGGGAGGCAUGUGCAGAGAUUUUGUAAGCAACGCAGUGGAGAUGGGAAACCUAUAUGAUGAGGUGGUGCCAAAAAUUGUGAAAAAGGAAGCGGAAUGUGAAUAUGCCGAGGUUAAAUUUAAAGACAAGAAUGCUAUGCACAAAUAGUUUCCAGGUCUAUAUUGUUAUGCUUAACUCUGAAAAAUAAUUUUCAGAAUGUCUUGCUCUCUUGUAUGCAUGGAUUUUUCUUCUGUUUUUUUGUUGUUGUAGUUUUUAACCAAACUACAACAUGGUAUCCAUUCUUUUUCUUGACUGAUUUCAGAUUUUUGGCUGGAGUGACUCAGGCACCGAGUAACUGAUGAACAAAAGCAUUAAAAAAGUCUUGCAGGAAAAACAUGCAACUCAUGUAGGUGUUAUAUCAGGUUAGUUCAGGGCAGCUGCUCUGCAUGUGCGCUUGAUUUUACUGUAAAUUUCAGCAACAGGAUGGAGAUAAGCCUCUUGAAUUUACAUCCACAAUGCUGUCAAAGCUUUCACUUACAAUUUCCACUGAAGCCUCCAUAAUCAUCGACUAGGAAAGAGGCAGAACAAAGGUGCAUAUAGGUAUGAGGGAAAGCACACAAUAAAACUACCCCAAAUAACAAUCACUCAGAGUGAAAAAUUAGACAUCCACAGAUAGAAACAGAUGAAAGAGCAGACAUAAUUAAAAGAUAGGUAAUUAGAAUAGUCAUAAUUAGAAUUAAAAUAAGUUUUUUUUUUUCAAAUCAAACAUCUCAAGAUAUGAGUGGAAAGUAUUGUUCUUGCAACUGCAUUUAUAACCUUUUUUUUUUUUUGACUAGAACAUAGCUUAACCAUGUUAUGCAAUAUGCUACUUCAGCACACUUUUACAGUAAAUAUUACUGGGACCACUACAGAAAAUUGCAGAUGAACAUUUAAUAUCCAGAAAUUCACUUUAUAGACACCACUGACUAUCCAUGUCACAAAUUUGCCACAAUUUUACACAUUGACCAUAUCCAGUCCAGCCAUAUACUAGGUUUUGACCUAGUCUUGUUUGUCACAUAAGUGGAAAACUCACAUGAUAAUUUAAACAAUAAUAAACAUUUUUAGCUAUUUCUAAUAUGUUAAUGCAAAAUACUAUAAAACAAAUAUUCACAUUUAUUUUUCACUUAUAUAAACUGGUGUUCAGCAUGUGUAAAUGAAGAGAGAGUUAGUUAGUUUUUGCUUGUGCAAAAGUAAAAGGUUCCUGGUUCCUUGCAUAGUGUUUUAAAUGUACGGUACAAUAACUGGUGGAGUGUUUAGCAUUUCCCUUUUUUAGGCUUUCUCUGUGGUUUUCUGUCGUCAGGCUCACUGCUUUAAGUCAGUUCAGCAAGUUUCCUGUUUGAGACUAAAUAGAAGAGAGGGUUGUAGGAGGCAUUAGGUGGUGAUAAAGUGGUGGACUUGAGCAUGUUAGCUGAUCGAUGAGCCAUCACAGACACAUUAAUUCAGCAGCUCAUCUGGCAAGAUAUGAACUCUUGUCCAUAACACUCCAAGAAAAACAUGAUUUUUUUCUUAAAUACAUAAGUUUUAAUGUACAUGCAGUGACUUAAUAAUAUAUGACCCAUAUGGGUCACUGUUAGAAAUCUGCUCAGCAUUUUCAACACUUCAACACUCUUGUGCCACUGUAAAAGAGCAUUGUGAAGAAAUGAUGCAAUACAAAAUUAUCAUAUUCUAACUAUAGAAACAUUGUUACAGCUGCGGUGUUUCCAAAAUUAAAAGGUCAAAAGGUCAAUUACUGAAUGGUGUAUAGCUUCUUACUUUCUUCAUGGGGAUUUCUUAUCUGCUUAGACUGAUAAGCUUGUUUACUGGUAGUAUUACGCUUUAUCUGUUUGUAUCUCUGGUUCUGUUGCUGAGUAACAUUUGAAACAUAAAAAUGUUAUCACAGGAUGUGUCUAAUAUGUCUAAUACAAGCGUCAUCUUAAAAGGUUACACCAACCUUUUGUGAAUUUGGCCUAGAAAAGAAAGAAAUAUCCAUACUGUAGAUUUAAAAACAGCUUCAAACUUGCAUUACUCACUCUCAUAAUCAAAAUACCAUAUCAUAUCACUGUAAUAUACAACAGAAUACAGCAAUUACUGCUGCUUUUUAAUAAUUAUUAAAAUUAUUAUCAUAGCCUUGUUGUAUAUUUCUUCUUCUUCUUGUUUUA